CCCCUCCCCCCUGCCGGCAGGAUACAGUUCACAGAGCAGUCGUAGAAAUAGCUACAGCACUGCUGAAUUUUUGACCUCUACGAGGUCAAACGCAGUACAUACGUACACAAACCAAGAACGCGUUUGCCUAUGGCAUACUCUGCGAGCCUUUAAGUGGGGAAAGAAUGCACAUGUACAUUAGAUGAGAGAACGAGUGUGUGGUCAUCCGACAAGAGAAGAUGGAGGCGAAGGAUCGGUGGAAAAUUCGCUUGGAACUCUGGCUCACUCUCCUAUUCUGCGCUAGGAUAUCGGCGCACAUGAACUUGUACAUGACAAAGGCUGAAGUAGCAAGAGUCAUGGGCUGGGAGGCGGAGUUGUACUUCAUCAGGGAUGACCACGUCCAGCAUUCGGCCACUAGAUACGACAUGGCCAUCAAGUCCAACAUCAACUCGUUGUAUUUCAACUGGGUGACAGAACGUCAGGUGUUUUAUUCGAUGUCGUUUAAGUCGGACAAUACCUGGAUGAUGUCCCAUCCUGGGACAAACAUUUCCAUGGAUGGCGAGGUGCCAAGGACAGAGAAAACCUUCGCGGUGACGCUGCACUGCACUGGCAAGCAGGGCAGGGAGGUGGGCUUCACCAUGCAGGUCAACCUGACGCUCUUCUCGGCCAAGAACAUCACCUCUCUCAACUUCCGCAGGAGGAAGAUGUGCGAGAGGGACAGCAGCAUCCCAGUUGACCUCAGGACUCCCGUGCCCGAGGACCAGGCAGCAGACGUGGACGUGAUACUUGCAGAGAAACAACCGGAUACGACGGUAACCUCCACCAGCGUGUUCUACAUUUCGGUGGGCGUGGUGUGCGGGGUCAUUCUGCUGCUGGUCAUGCUGGUGGCAGUGGUGCACGUGCGGUCCGUGAAAAACUCCGAUCCGGUGAGUGAAACCUCCAGCAGUCGGUCGGCAUCCAAAUCAACAGCGUCAAAGAAGUCCUCUCCAAACUCUUAUACCAAAGCCCCCGUCGUGAACGGCCACAUUAACAGCAACGGAGUCAAGCCACCCAAUGGAUAUGUUGGUCUCCACCAUCAGAUCUACACAGCUAUCCCAGAGACACCGGACUACACAGAGAAGCUUCACACAAUUACCAUAGACAGGAGUAGAGUCACAAUAGAAGAGUUGCUUCUUGAAGGUACCUUUGGCAGGGUGUAUCACGGCAAACUCCUGAUGUCUGUGGAUGACGAGGACGAGACAGCCUCGGAGAAAGAUGUCCUGGUGAAGACAGUCUCAGACCAGUCGUCGGAGACCCAGGAGAAGCUGCUGCUGAAGGAGAGUUGUCAUCUUCACGGUCUGAGCCACCGUAACAUCCUCUCCAUCCUGCACGUCUGCCUGGAGGACGGCAAGCCCAUGUCCAUCUUCGCCUACAUGGUCCUGGGCAAUCUGAAGAUGUUCCUGAGGAACGGCAGGGUGGGGCCGGGCGAUACGCAUCAGUCAAUUUCAACCAAGGAUCUAGUGCAGCUAGCCAUACAAAUCAGCCACGGUAUGAUGUACCUGGGAAAGAGGAAGGUAGUCCACAGAGACCUCGCUACAAGGAAUUGCGUGAUUGACGAGGAUUAUAAUUUGAAGAUCACGGACAACGCGCUGUCCAGAGACCUGUUCCCAAGUGACUACCACUGCCUAGGCGACAACGAGAAUCGGCCUGUCAAAUGGAUGGCUAUUGAGAGCUUACUGGAUAGGAAAUUCACUGCCGCCAGCGACGUGUGGGCAUUUGGCAUACUCAUCUGGGAGCUGGUGACGCUGGGCCAGACGCCCUACGCCGACCUGGACCCGUUUGAGAUGGCCUCGUAUCUGAAGAGUGGCUACAGGAUGCCGCAGCCCCAGAACUGCCCGGACGAACUAUUCUCCCUGAUGGCCUGCUGUUGGGCAUUGCUUCCCACGGAUCGGCCCAAGUUUACUCAGCUCUGUGCCGCACUCACCGACUUCCACCGCGCCCUGGGAAUCUACAUCUAGUACCGUCGGCGAGGACGCAUCGCUGGCCAAACGAAGCCAUUUAGGGCCCACCAACGCGUUAUAAGGUCAUCGGGUGCCAUCUUCAGACAGCCACUAAGCGGAAAAUUUUGGUGUUAGCAUAUGAAAGCUGUCAACCAGGUACAAGCGGUACACUUGGUGCAAGAUGUUAGCUGGUAACCAGACCAACCUGCCUUAGCCCAAAAUUCUGCUGAGUGGCUUUUUGAAACUUAGCCUCAAUUUUUCAUCCAGUGCUGAAAUCAAUACCAAAAGUACUUGAGCAAUAGAAAAAGUACGACCCUCUUAUUACCAAUGGUGUAAAAGGAUACCAAAAAUGGACUCCGAAGGUUUUUGUGCUUCUAGAAUUUUAUUUAAUACCAGUGUUGUAGUUGAGACCACUUAAGACCUUCACAAGACCACUUAAGACCUUCACAAGACCACUUAAGACCUU